AUGCGCCGAAUAACAUACACCACCGGGUCAACUGAUAUCGGGAGACGAUUGCAUUCAUCGCAUUCGAGAUCUUCUCAAGCACAGACAAAUGCCCGUAGUACUUCUUUUAAAGCUUCCGACGGUGGUAACGACGACCGUGAGGAUCAUGUCCAACCAUUUCAUAGUAGGGAGGCUGCGAGGGUAGUCUUGGAUUCAGGAAGUUAUCAAUCUAGGCCAGAGCCGGAGCCAAGGCGCCGGUGGGAGCCAAUCCGUUCAGCGUCUCCAGCCGCAGUUAUUUGGAAUGAGCACCUCGAUUCCACGAUGAGAUACUUAACCCGGAAGGGUAUUAAGUGGACUGCCUUACAUCUGGGUCUUUUGAAUCAAAAGGUUACCAUUGCAGUUUUGUACGAAGACAGCGGGCCAUGGGAUAGAGAAGUGGUUGAACGAGAACUUCGAUAUUUCUACUUUCCACACCAAAUCUUUACCGACAUGGUAUUUUCUCAGGCGAGGGUAAACAAAGGGGCUGCAUUGGGAGCUUCUGAGUAUAGCGACAGACAGUCUUGUGGGGCAGGCGUCGGUGUAAGGGGUGUGUCUUGGUCCGCUGGAACCGUCGGCGGAUACUUCGAAUCAGAGACUGGGGAAUUGUAUGGUCUUACUUGUCACCAUGUUCUACUGCCAACGAAGACGCAUCCAAAUUCGAAUGAUGAUAGGUCUGGAUUUAGUGUAACAAAAGGAUACCCAGAAUAUCUUGAUACAGUCGGUCUCCAUCAUUCAGCAUUUAAGCCAGAGGAUGGCGCCAUCGAAGUCGUCCAGCCGCCAUGUGUGGACCAUUUCGAUACUCUUUUAGAGUUGCAAGCACUGAUCAAAAACGCCGAAGAAGGGUUGAGGACCCUGAAAGCCAAAUACGAAGUACUGGGUAUCCCAGUUCCGAAAAACAAAGCAGAAAGUUGGCAAGCCAUCAUCAAGGACUCGUAUAGACAAUUGGCAGCAACUCAACUGUAUAACCGGACUUUCGGUACUGUUAUUUCUAGCUCAGGAUAUAAGAUUAACCUGGAGACAAAAGGUUCAAUCGAUUGGGGGCUGUUCGAGAUCUCUCGGAGUAGAAGCGUCUGGAACAUGAUUCCAGGUGUCGAUGCUGAAAGGCGACGAGGCUCAUGGGACGGUCUAUCGAGAAGCCGAAUUGCCUUCAAUGGUAUUGCCGACCCCAUGGAGAACGAAAGUGUCUUCAAAAUCGGGAGGAAAACGGGACCAACGUUUGGCAUAAUCAAUGGGGUCAGAGACGGUGUCAAUCUAAAAGAGAAUUUGGGGGAGACUAAAGAGUGGUGCGUAGUUGGUACGAACGGAACGGACUUUUCCGCAGCUGGUGACUCAGGGAGCCUGGUUUUUAACCAGAAAUUUCAAGUUAUUGGAAUAGUUACGGCGGGCUGUGAUUCCAUGAGGGGACUGACAUACAUGACUCCAAUCAAGUUGGUGCUACAUGAUAUACUAAAAACGACUGGGAUAAAGAUCAAAUUUUGGGACAAUUUGUGA